CAGAGAUUUGUUUUCAGGUCUGUUCAAAUGGAACUUAUAGACAGCAUGAGGGAAAUUGUUGUUUUUUUCUUUUUAAUCCAGUGGACAACUUCAGACAACAGUUCUCUUGGUAUAGUUGCCACAUGCAACAAAGUUGAGAAUACAGUACACAAAGAAUGGUUUGAAAACCACAAAUCUAAUCCUUCACCCUUACAUGAGCUGUCUGCAGAGCUGAGUGAAUCUCAAACCUCUAUCAUUAUAAGAUGGUCCAUCAAUAUUGAUAGCAGCAUUCGCAGUCUCGUUGGCACAUGGAUAAUACUUUCUGAAGAGUCUGACUCACGUUACAGAUGUCAGUACCAGCCUCCAUUUACCUCCGAGCGAAUCAACCUCACUGGUCAAGAACAGUUAUGGUUCAGUUUCACUGUGCAAAAUGUAUCUGCUUGUCCAUCAACCAGUUAUUACAUAUUUGCCUAUAAUAUGCCAACACCGACUGAUGGAGCGAAUGAAGAAUAUGCAAAGAAGACCCAAAUAGAUGAAGUUCAGUGGAAUGCUGACAUUUAUUCAGUGCUUCAUGGAGAUAAAAUAGUGGUGACCUUCAAUACGAACCUCGUGGCGGACAGACACACCAUCUUACUGACAAACAGCACAUAUCUACCGUUAAGAACUGUUGGAGGAAAAGGGGAAUGCAAAGUAGAAAAAUGUGAAGUGAAACUAGAUUACAUGGAAUACAUGGGUCCCUGUGAAGACCUUAAGAUAUGGAUAAAGCCUCACUUUAAAGACUGUCAGGGUGAAAGUGAAUGGAAGGAUCAAAAAGUGAACUGUACUAACAGAUCUGCUUUGAACAUUGGUGUUGGAUGUGUGCUGGCGCUUCUUUUCGUGCUUCUCUGUUGCUGCAUCAUGUGUCAAACCUUCCGCUGGAUUCGUGGCAAGAGGCGCGCUGCGUCCGUGCGCGUGCUGCUCGUGUACCCUGCAGUAGACAGUGUGUUUCAGCGCUCUGUGAUGCUGUUGGCUGAAAGUCUGCAGAGUCGUGGUGGAAUACACGUCGUCAUCGACAUGUGGGAGAGAGGAAGUUUAGCAGAACAAGGGCCACUUCGCUGGCUCAACACACAGGCCGACCUCUCCGAGAGAGUCCUCCUCAUCUCACCACCUCAGCGCACACACACAGACGACCUUAAAUCCAAACUAGUUCCUGGCAUGCCAGAUGACACAGUUUCAGCUUCUGCCAGCAAUCUUUUUGCCCUGGCCCUCAACCUCGUUACCAGUGCUGCCCAUGACCCACACGGCCGGGACAAGUUCUGGGUCAUCAACCUGGAGCAUGAUGAGAAGAGUGUGCAGACUGAGCUCAGAGGCUGCAGGAUGUUCGUUCUGCCGAGAGACUUGAAGAAGCUCCAUCGGCAGCUGUUGAGUGAAGCGGUUCAGAGACCAGCGCUGCCGAGGUGCUUCUACUGCAAAAACACCCUGGAGCAGCUAGAAGUAAAUACAGACCCCCCAUCUUAUGAAAAGUGUGUCAGCCUGGUUGAAUCCAACGAAGAGGCCAAAAAUCAUUAUCUCUUGUCUUUGUGACUUUGUGUUUAUUUUUCAUCACGUUUAUCCUUAAAGAAAUGUAGCCAGACCACUGAUCUAUAUAUGACUGGAUCGCUCAUCACGUUCUAAAUUGCCAACAGGCAGUUAAGCCACCAGAAGUGUUCGAUCCGCCAUCUUACUAAUCCCUGCAGACAGAGAGCACCAUUGAGUCACAUGCAAACCGAGUCACAUGCACUCGAUUUGAAGCAAAUCAGUCAAACAGGAUUAGUUUCCCUUUCGAAAAGGAACCCCACACUGCGUCCUCUAGGGGGCGCUAAGGGAACGCCUUUAGCGUGACAGAGACUGAAGCAUGAGUGAAAAAAACGACAAUGAACUUGACAUUG